UUAAAAACCCUCGAGGCAUCAGUAGUAGUAUUGCCCUGAGGUAAAUAAGUGAAAGAGAUGUUUCUGGCUCCCCCUCACCAACUAAACGAAGGACGACCUUCAGACUCCUAAACGCGACAAAAGGGACAUUUUGGAGACACCCCUCAGGCUGAAGGGGGUUUGGGUGGUAUGGCGGAGUCGAACAGCGCGAGUUUCCCUCACACGACACCGAACGGGUCCAGUCGCCACGAGAAGAGUUUGGGUCUCCUCACAGUCAAGUUCGUCACUUUGCUUCAGGAGGCCAAAGACGGGGUGCUCGACCUCAAAGUGGCUGCAGACAGUUUGGCAGUCAAACAAAAAAGAAGGAUCUAUGAUAUUACCAAUGUUCUGGAAGGCAUUGGGCUCAUCGAAAAAAAGACAAAAAACACCAUUCAGUGGAAGGGAGAGAGUAAAGGCUCCCAGCCCCAGGAAGUUCUGGAGCAAGUGGAAGUUCUCAAGGCAAAUAUUGCUGAACUAGAAACUCAAGAGAGAGAGCUGGACAUGCAGAAAGCGUGUCUUCAACAAAGCAUCAAACAUCUGAACGAAGACCCCACAGGCUGCAGAUAUAGUUAUGUGACGCAUGAAGACAUAUGUGAUGCUUUCGGUGGAGAUACUCUUUUAGCUGUGAUGGCACCGUCUGGGACACAGCUGGAGGUCCCAGUUCCUGAGAUGGGCCAAAAUGGUCAGAAGAAGUACCAGGUGAACCUGAGAAGUCACUUGGCUCCCAUCCAGGUGAUGCUGAUAAACAGAGAGACGAGUCACUCCAAGCCUGUGGUCGUCUCUGUCCCACCAAUAGAUGACAUCUCUGCCAUGCCGACUCCACCUAGUACCCCAGCGGGUCUUCAGAGAUUCCCAGUCUCCUCAGUAGAGCUCUGUGAUCUGAAGUGCAGUCAGCUCAAAAGCCCAGCUGAAAGACACCACCUUACGCCGUCCUCCACUCCCCCCGAUAUGCACAUGGAUUGCAACCCCGAGUCCCCUGCUAGUCAGUGUUUGUUGAUGCAGGAGACUGUGGCAGAACAUCAGCGUGAGAUGGGGGGUCAGGAUCUGCAGUCCAUGCUGGAUGAAAUGAGGGAGGAGAGAGAAGGUGUUUCUGACCUUAUAGAUGAAUUGAUGUCAUCAGAUGUUUUCCCCCUGUUAAAGCUUUCACCCAAUCCUGGCGUGGAUUACAAUUUCAACCUUGAUGACAACGAGGGAGUCUGUGACCUUUUUGAUGUGCAGAUUCUUAAUUAUUAAGGCAUGCCACAAUGGUUCACACUUGCUUUUAUAGGACAAAAGCAGAGCUAAUGAGUCUUCCCCCACUGCCAAACGGCUGCAUUCCUGCCUCAGUGCCUGCUCCCUGAACCUUGGACUGCACUCAAGUUUCACAUUAAUUCACAUUUCAUCCUCCCUUCAAUUUCAUCCUCUGCUUGGGUUUGCAAGAAACAGUGUUUCCGAUCUGCCAGCCUCUUUUGGUGGGGAGAGAGUGGGAAAAUAAAACCCCGUCGGCCAAAAACACUUGACUUUAGGACUAAUAUACCUUUUGUGUCUAUUGCCCUUUUGUUUGUGUUUACAGCCAUUCGUUAAUUUUCACUUUUGUAGUUUCUCUCAUUAUUCCUCAUGAGUGAGAACUUAAUUCAUAGUGGCGAAUUAUAAAAUAGUUGACUGUAAUCUGGUGAAGUAAAACCACCCAAACUUGACACACACUAAAUUUUACUGUACGCUUGUUGGAACAUGUGCCUUAAAAGUCUACCUGUUCUUUCUGCUUGUCCUAACUGUGCCACCCUGUCUUAUACUUUAGUUUUUUAUACUUAUAAACAGUUCUAACUUUGUUGUCUAGACUGUGCCAUCAGAAUGUAUAAUAUAAUUUAACAGUACAAGCAAAUAGUUGUUUGCAAGAUUUAAUUUGUAUAACUUGAUUUGUAUCUUGUUUAAUCAUUACACUAAUUGUUUGUAUGGAGAUUGAUGGUUUUGUAUUGUAGUCACUCUGAUGUUUAAUCUGACAUUUUAUAUUGUGUUUCUUGUUCUCAGUUGGAACCAUCAAUCCUUGGAGUACAACAAUGUUGAUUUUUGUUCUAAACAGCCAAUGAAGGUUUUUUUUGAAGCUGUUAAACUGCCGUGGAUAAUCUUUAAUGUGUAAAAACACUGCAAAAUUGUGCCUUUUUUCGUUUAUAUAAUCAAAGGAGAAUUCUUGGUUCUGUUGCACUUUUUUACAUAAUCUUUUUUUGUGUUUGGAAAACUUUGGUAAGAAACGUCUUUGUUUGUACAACUGUAAUAUAAGAUGCAUAAGCAUAAUUCUGGUUUGUUUCAAAAUAUCUUUAAUACAGCUGGCCAUCUUAAGGCCUAAUUUGCAACUUUUUGUA